ACCCUUGAAUGACAGACCGUCAGGGUGGCCGAAAUUCGGUUUCUCUGGUGGCUGUCAAAGUGUCAAUAAUUAAAUAAUUAAAAUAAUAUAAAAUUAUAAUAAAAAAUUGAUAAAAAAUUAAUAAAACAUUAAAUAGAUAAUCAUAGCAUAUAAUGUAGAUAAAAAAAAUAAUUAUUUAAACAAAUUAGAGAUUGAAAAAAGUACAUUUUAAAAAUAUAAUAUAAUUAUUAAUUAAAUUGCAAUUAAUAAAUAAUUAUUAAGCUAAUUAAAAGAAAAAAAUUAACAAAAUUUUUUUAAAAAAUGUGUAAAUGAAUAUUGUAACAAUUAACAAGUGUCAAUGUUUAUUACGUAAUGAUAUACAUUUUGACAGGCAUAUUUAUUUAAAGUUUUAUUAUUAUUUUUGAGGAAAAAAUUGAAAAAUUAAAAAUACAAUUGCAAAUAUGGCAUCAGCUGCUGAACAACAACAGCAACAACAAACUACCCUUGAAUUUUAUCAGGCAAUGGCAGAUUUUAAAAAUAUGUUUCCACAAAUGGAUGAUGAUGUCAUUGAGGCUGUUUUGAGGUCUAAUCAGGGUGCAGUAGACACGACGAUCGAUCAACUUUUGGCAAUGAGUACAGACAAUGAAAAUGAAAAAAUACGAAGUGAAUUGGAAGAGAGUGAUGGUUCACCAGAAAUGAAUACAGUAUCAAAAAAAAUAACAGCAACAACAACAACAACAGCAGCUGAUAUUGAUGAAUCAUUAAAAAGUCAAAUACAAAAAUGGAAACCACCAUUGUUGGGACCACUGCCAGAUACAUUUUUAAGAAUAACAAAAAAUUGUGGUGAAUGUAGUAAUGAUGGAACAACAGAUAUUAUUACUGGACAUGAUUCAUCAAUACUUGAAGAUGAAAGAAUUGCUAUUUUUUUACAAAAUGAAGAAUUCAUGUCAGAGCUACGAUGGAAUGAAGAUUUUUUAAAUACAUUGGAUAAUGAUACAAAAUUAUCACGUGGUAAAUGUGAAACUGUUGAGCCACAUGAUGAUGAAGAUUUAUUUAAAGAAAAACUACGAAAUAUGGGAAAAGUAUCACGUCGUAAAUUUGCACAAUUAACAAAAGUAUUUACACGAAGUAAAAAACGUGGUGGUCGACAACUUUUACCACCAACAGUUUCUUGUGAUGAUUUACUAGAUCCCGAAGAAUCAUCAAGAACUCACAGUUAA